AUGUUGAAUAUCCUGAUGUUGCCGCUUUUGCUGCUUACUCCGUCAUGCCUAGCCAGCGUUGUAGCCAAGAAACCACAAAUGGGGUGGAACUCCUGGAAUGCGUUCAAAAGCUUUAUAAACGAAAGUGUCAUUCUGGAUACUGCCGAUGCACUGCUUAGUACGGGUCUUGCAGCUGCUGGUUAUGAAUAUCUUUUGAUGGAUGAAGGAUGGUCUGAUGAGAGGGAUAUUAAUGGGCUUCAACAGGCCAAUGCGACACGAUUUCCCAAUGGAGUGGGUAAAAUAACUACCUACGCUCAUGAGCGUAAUCUCAAGGUUGGGAUAUACAGUGACGCAGGUAUCAAGACAUGCGCAUUCAAACCAGGAAGCUAUGGGUACGAAGAGCUAGACGCGGCCACUUUUGCUUCAUGGGGCAUAGAUUACCUGAAGUACGACAACUGUGGCGGGUUCCACGCUGCUAUCUAUUCUUCGCAAGAGCGAUUUUGGCGCAUGGCGCACGCUCUUAGAAUGACAGACCGUGAUAUCUUUUUCUCUCUAUGUCAGUGGGGUCACCAGUUUCCAUGGCUGUGGGCUGAUCAGCUUGCGGACUCAUAUCGAAUGUCGGGGGAUAUCCAUGCAUCUUUUGCUUCUGAUAAUUCUGGUGCGUGCAAAACUGCAUAUUGCCUGAACACCGGUUAUGCUGGGGUGAGCGUCUUGACCAUGAUUAAAAAGAUGCGAGAGUUAUCAUAUUUUCAGAAACCUGGCGCUUGGGCCGAUAUGGAUAUGCUCGAGAUUGGCAACGCGAAUAUGACCGAGCUUGAAGAACAGACACAUUUCUCAUUCUGGGCGGCGUUGAAGUCGCCGCUGAUCAUUGGCGCCAAUCUCGCGAGUAUCAAUCAAUCAUCCCUUGAGGUCCUACUUAACAAGGAGAUCAUUGCAAUCAAUCAGGAUGACGCAGGAAUUGCCGUUGAUUACGCGUCAGCACUGUCAAACGAAGGCAGCUUCCAGCUUUGGGCCGGGCCUCUGACAUCCGGUAGCUCUAAAUUUGUUAUCCUUGCCUUCAACGAGAAAGAAACAACCAAGGACAUCACGAUUCCACUGUACGCAGUGCCACGUUAUGCGGAUUACGUGCAUGGAAAAGCACAGGUUAGGGACGUGUGGGCAAAGACUUUCAUUGAUUUUUCCAAUGGAACUAUUACUCUUGCCAAUGUAGGUUCGCAUGAGACCAAAGUUCUAGUCUUUUCAUAGCAGAUGUUGGUUCUAGCUUGACCAAAAUAACCAAGUAUGAUAAAAAUCUUCCAACUCCAGCCAGUUGAACUGUAAGAUGUCACGAAAAGAAUGCCCUCCUGAUGUGAUGACUGAUAAUGCCUCAUCAAGAGUGAGUAUUCAAUCCCUUCCUGAUUGUACAUCAAGGCCGUUACACAGAACGGUUUUGUAAAAAACUGCAUUAAUGCCAUGUGCUGAUAACAGUAGGGUUUGAAUUUGCGUGAUCAGUUGCGGAAAUGUUUGUGAAAAUCCC